CUUAGGGGGCGGUUGUGGGGCUGGAGGGGGGUGUGCGGGGCCCCCCCGCGUUGCCUGGCACCGGUUGCUACCAACAAACCAGCAGCAGAGCAGCAGUGGCUGAGAUGGCGCUGGAGGAUCAGCUGCAGCGGGUGAGGGGCCUGGCACCCAUGGGGGGGGUGUCUAUGGGUGAGGGGGUCCCAUGGGGGGUAUCUGGGUCCAUGGGUGGGGGUCCCAUGGGGGGUCCAUGUGGGUCCUAUGGGGGAUGUCUGGGCCUAUGGGGGAGUCCAUGGGGGGGUCCAUGGGGGGUGUCUGGGUCCAUGGGGGUCUAUGGGGUCCAUGGGUGUCUAUGGGUGUCAAUGGGGGUUCCAUGGGUGUGUAUGGGUGUCCAUGGGGGUCUAUGGGGCAGGUGGGGGCCGUGGUCGGGAGGUGGUUGUGUCCAUGGAGUAUCCCAUGGGGGGAUCAAUGGGGGGUCCAUGGGGGGGGUCUAUGUGUGCCUCUAUGUGUGCCUAUGGGGCACUAUGUGUGCCUAUGGGGCGCUGUGUGUGGCUAUGGGUCGCUGUGUGUCUAUGGGGCGCUGUGUGUCUAUGGGGCGCUGUGGGGCAGGCGGGGGCGGCGCUCGGGGGGUGGCUCCGGGUCACCGCGGGGCUGCGCCGGGACCUGGAGCGGCUCCGGGGGGAGCGGCGGCGGCUGCGGCGGCUCCUGCGGGCGCGGGAGAGGGAGCUGGAGGACACCCAACGGGAGAUCGAGGAGGUGCUGGAGCAGGAGGCGGCUGCAGAGAGCAACAGGGCGCACUCGGCCUCGCUGCGGAGCCGGCUCCGGUCCCGGCUGCGGCAGCUCCGGGCUCAGGCCGAGGCGGAGGCUCAGGAGCGGGGGAGGCGGCGGCAGCAGCGCCGGGACAUGAAGCGCUUCCUGCGGGCCAAGGGGCGGGUCCGCGCCCCCCCCGCACGUGCCUGGGCCCCCCCUGAAGCCCCCCCCGAGGCGCUGGGGGAGGGGCUGGAGCCCCCCAAGGAGGAGCAGGAGGAGGAAGAGGAGGGGGGGGCCCAGACCUUCUCCCUGUUCCUGCUGGUGACGGAGCAGCAGCAGCAGCUCCAGCGGCUGCAGCAGCGCCUCCAGCAGCUCCGGGCUGCGGUGGCCGCAGCGGAGGCGGCCCCGGGGGGGGUCCCCGGGGGGGUCCCGGGCGGGGGUUCCCCGGAGCCCCCCGCGCUGGAGGCGCUGGAGCAGGAGAGCCACGACUUGCGGGGCCGGGCCCGGAGCGGGCGGGAGCGGCUGCGGGACCUGCGCCGCGGCAUUGGGGAGCUGCUGGCCCUGGUGACCCCGGGGCAGGACCCUGACCUUGACCUUGACCCUGACCUUGACCCCGACCCGCUGCAGGCCCAGCUCCGGCGCCUGGAGGAGGGGGUCACCCGCCUGCUGCUGCGGAGGGGGGGGCCCAUAGUCCCAGCAGCCGCCCCCCCCCCGGGGGCUCCGCGCCCCCCCCCCGCGCCCCCCCAGCCCCAGGUGCUGAGCCGCGAGGGGCCCCCCCCCCACCGCCCCGACCCUCUGGAUGGAUCUUGGGGAGCCCCUGGACCCCUCCGAGGCCUGACCCCCCCCCUCCAUGACCCGAACCGGGGAGGACCCGAACCCGCCCGAAGGGACCUGAACUCCGAAGUGAUCCGAACUCCGGAGGGACCCGAAAGUGUCCGGAGGGACCCGACCCCGCCCGGAGGGACCCGACCCCGCCCGGAGGGACCCGAACUCCGGAGAGACCCGAACCCGCCCGGAGGGACCCGAACCCUGAAUAGACCCGAACCGGGAGGGACACGAACUCCGGAGAGACCCGAAAGUGUCCGGAGGGACCCGAACUCCGAAGGGACCCGAACCCGCCCGAAGUGA